AUGGCGUUUAUGAGACUUGGCUCCAAAUCCGAAGCUUUCCAUCGCGAAGGCCAAACCUGGCUUUGCACCACAGGACUCGUGAGUGAUGUUACCAUAGAAGUUGGAGAUAUGAAGUUUCAUCUCCACAAGUUCCCAUUGCUCUCUAGAAGUGGGCUUCUUGAGAGGCUAAUCGAAGAGUCUUCGACUGAUGAUGGAUCAGGCUGCGUUCUGAGUUUAGACGAGAUACCUGGAGGAGGCAAAACGUUCGAGCUCAUAACAAAGUUCUGCUAUGGCGUGAAAAUCGAGCUCACUGCUUUCAACGUUGUUAGCCUUAGAUGCGCAGCUGAGUACCUUGAGAUGACUGAUAACUAUGGAGAAGGUAACCUUGUCGGUAUGACAGAGACUUUCCUCAACGAAGUGUUUGGGAACUGGACGGACUCGAUCAAAGCUCUUCAGACGUGCGAGGAAGUGAUUGAUUACGCUGAGGAUCUCCACAUUAUCUCGAGGUGCGUUGAUUCUUUAGCUAUCAAAGCGUGUGCUGACCCAAGCCUUUUCAAUUGGCCCGUGGGAGGAGGAAAGAACGCAACGAGCGUGCAGAACUCGGAAGACGAAUCGCAACUGUGGAACGGAAUCUCAGCGGCAGGGAAGAUGCUGCAGCCUACAGGUGAAGACUGGUGGUUCGAUGACUCUUCUUUUCUUAGCUUGCCUCUCUUCAAAAGGCUCAUCACCGCUAUCGAAGCAAGAGGCAUGAAACUCGAGAACAUCGCCAUGGCGGUUAUGUACUACACGAGGAAACAUGUUCCUCUGAUGAAUAGGCAAGUGAGCAUGGACGAGCAAGUGAUUGAGACACCGAAUCCUUCUGAGGCAGAACAAAAGGAUGCUCUCGAAGAGAUUGUCGGAUUGCUUCCAAGCAAGAAAGGCGUAAACCCGACCAAGUUUCUUCUCAGGCUGCUUCAGACCGCGAUGGUGCUGCACGCAAGCCAAUCCUCGAGGGAGAAUCUGGAGAGAAGGAUUGGGAAUCAACUGGACCAAGCUGCGCUAGUGGAUCUUCUUAUACCAAACAUGGGAUACUCUGAAACGCUUUACGAUGUCGAGUGCGUGUUGAGGAUGAUCGAACAGUUUGUUUCUUCAACAGAACAAGCAGGGAUCGUCCCUUCUCCUUGCAUCACCGAAGAAGGACAUUUGGCGCAUCCGUGGAUUACGGAUUCUGAGAGAGAGCAUAUAUGCAGACUCAUGAAUUGCCAGAAGCUCUCACUGGAAGCUAGCACGCACGCGGCUCAGAACGAGAGGCUGCCUCUUCGUGUGAUUGUUCAGGUUCUCUUUUUCGAGCAGCUUAGGCUAAGGACAUCUGUAUCGGGCUGGUUCUUUGUCUCUGAGAAUCUAGACAACCCGGAGAAUCCAAAUGCAGGGAAUGGGGUUUUGCUUAAACCCAGAGGUGAGAACGUGAGAGAACGGGUUUCUGAGCUGGAAAAAGAGUGUAUGAACAUGAAACAAGAGCUUCAGAAGCUGGUGAGGUCGAAGAAAAGCUGGAAGAAUUUCACCAGGAGGCUUAACUUCAAGAAGAAGUCAGAAUGCUGCAAGCCCAAGGAUCAAGCAACAGCAGCAACUUAG